AUGGUUCUAACUUUGUGGCAUGUCCGUUCAAAAUUCUCAGAAAAUCCUGACCUGAUCAAAGCUUAUGUUGAGUUAAGUAGUUUUUGCACAUUCAAGAUUCACCAUGGGGGUAUGUUCACAAAAUACCCAGGAAGACGUUACGUUGGUGGGAGUAUUGACUAUGUUGACUACGUAGACAUGGACGUGUUCUCCGUACAUGAGUUAGACGAUAUGAUGAAGGAGAUAGGUUAUAUCAACGGUAAUGACUCAGACGUACUUUUGUUAAGUAAGCAUGUCGCUAAUCAUAAAGAGAUUAUGGUGUAUACUGAACAUGGAACUACUAGACUCCAUACAUACUUUAUGUCUCCAAAUAAGGUCGUAUUGGAAGAAAUCAAUGAGCCUAUUUCUCCGGAACUCAAUCGAAAAAAGUUUACAAGUACAGAGGUAGGAUCAUGUAGUAGAAAAUUGGACUUGAAUGAGAACUAUGACUUUUCUAGGUCUGUUGUACCUUUUGGACAUUUUGAUAGAGAUGUAUUGAAAGAUGUUGGAGUUCAGCCUGCAAGUGAGGAGCUUAACAAAGCCCAAGAUGUUGGACCUUCAGAAGACUUUGAUCCUUUCUUUUAUAUGGAUCAUAAUGAUUACCAACAGAUGGGGGACGAUGAUUACCAACAGAUGGGGGGCAAUGAAGAAAUUGGAGAUGCUAUUAGUGAUGAGACUAGUACCAAUGGAAGUAUAAGCGAGGAUAGUGACUUUUUAGUGGAUGAACUUAAUAUGGUGGAGGAUGUCGAAGUGAAUAUGAAAGACUUCCACAGUGGUGUUUAUUCUUUUCCAAAUCUAGAUAACCACCAAUCAUUCAAUGCACCUGAUGUCACAGUUGAUGACGAUUUGGAGGUGAUAGAUACACAGUUGUUUGAAUCAGCUGGUGUAGAAGAAGAUGAGAGGAAGAAGUUAAUGAGAAGGUUAAACAAACCAACAACGUGUUCAUCAGGAGUAGUACAUGAAACUGCAUUCUAUCUGGGUCAAAUAUUUAAGUCCUCAUCAGAAGCAAAGGACUACAUUAAAAUGCAUUCAAUUCGAACUAGGAGAAACAUUUAUUUUGCAAAAAAUGAUAAACAAAGAAUUAGGGCAAAAUGCAGGGGUGUGGUCCCAGAAAUGACAGGUGGGCCAUGGACAAAAAGUAGAAUCAAAUGCAAGGACAAAACAUCAAGAUCUAUUAAAGCGUGUACUUCUAAGUUUCUUGCAACCACCAUUCUUCAACAAGUGGAAGGAAACCCAACUAUCCCAGUCAAAGCUUUGCGUGUAGAGUUACAAAAGACAUACGAGGUGGGGGUGUCAAGAAUGAAGGUCUUUAAGGCUAAACAGCUUGCACAGAAACAUGUUCACGGAGAUUAUGAAAAGCAAUACAGCCUUCUCAGGGAUUAUGUACUAGAAUUACAACAGUGCAACCCAGGAACAACUGUGAAGAUUGAUGUAUACAGUGAACCAAAUGCAAACUUGGAAACUAGGAUGUUUAAGAGACUUUAUGUCUGUUUAGGUGCAUUAAAACUGGGUUUUAAGGAAGGUUUAAGAGAUUUCUUAGGAUUCGAUGGGGCUUUCAUGAAGGGACCUUACCCUGGACAGGUUCUCACUGCUGUGGGUCUUGAUUCCAAUAAUGGGAUCUACCCACUAGCAUAUGCCAUAGUUGAAGCAGAGAACAAAAGCUCAUGGAGUUGGUUUCUAGAGUGUCUAGGUGAAGAUUUGGAGCUAUCUACAAAUUCAAACUUCACAUUUAUUUCUGACAGGCAAAAGGGGAUUUUACCUGCCAUUGCCAACCUAUUCCCUAGCGCUGAACACAGGUUUUGUUUAAGACAUAUUCACGAAAACAUGAAGCUACAAUGGAGGGGGAAGGAGCACAGAGAUCAUUUAUGGGAAUGUGCAACAGCAACAACAGUUAGACACUUUGACAGAUUCAUGGAAGAUUUUAACAAGUUCAAUUCAAAGGCAUGUGAUUGGUUAAAGAAAAUUCCACCCAAACAUUGGGCCAGAGCACAUAUUUCAGGAAGAGCACAUACAGAUAUUUUGUUGAAUAAUUUAUGUGAAGUUUUCAACUCAAAGUUGUUAGAUGCUCGAGACAAACCUAUAAUUACAUGUUUAGAAUAUAUUAGGGAAUACUUAAUGAAACGAAUUUGUAUUGUGCAAAAUGUGAUAGAUAAGUCUCAAGGGCCUCUUACCCCAACAGCCACAAAACUUUUAGAUGGAGUUAAGAAAGAUGCUUCUCAAUACACUUGCAUAUUUAAUGGUGCUGAGAAGACUCAAGUUACUGGGACAAUGGGGGAACAAUUUGUGGUUAAUUGGAGGGACAGGAACUGUAGUUGCAGGCAUACAGAGAUCACUGGGAUACCAUGCUCUCAUCUUGUUAGUGCCAUUUGGGAUAAGGUUGAGCAUGGGUGUGACACCCAAUUUUUUUUUUUUUUUUUUUUUGCAACAAUUUUAAACUUUUAAAACCCAUCUUAAAUUAAAUUAAAACAACUGAAAUAGUCACAUCAUAAUCCAUCAAUCUAAUAACCAUAUAAAAUAAGUGCGGAAGUAAUAAUAAUAAUAAGGUCCCAACAAAAUAACUAGUAGCGAUGUCCCGAUGCUCCAUGUCAAGCCUUAGCCUCUUUAAUCUUAACACCUGAAAAGUUAUAAGGGAAAAACGUAAGCACGAAGCUUAGUGAAUUCAAACACAGACAUCGUACUAACAUUCAUAUUUACUAGCCCUAAUCCAUUUUCCAAUUAUAAUGAUAAAGACAAAGAACGAAUCAAUGUCUAUAUUACAAGAAGGACUUGUAGGUUUGAACCGCACCGGGAAGAUCCCGUAUCAUUUGGCCCUAAUCACCGCACCUCACGAAGAGUAUUACGUUGGUGAUCUUACCUACCCACCGCACCGGUAAAUCCGUAUCCUUUGGUGGUGUCCCCAUAUCCAUAAUUAGUUACAUACAGUGCACAUGUA